CACAACAAACCAACUAACAAACACAUUACUCAACCCAACUCUUAACCAUUUUCUCUUCUCUCCUCUCUUCUCCAUAUGGCUCUUGAAGCACUCAAUUUCUCCCAUAGUCCUCCUCUAAACACCCAAGAUCCAUUAAUGCAAACCAAGAAAAAACGCUCAAAACGACCUCGUUUAGACCCCUCUUCACCUUCCGAAGAAGAAUAUCUCGCUCUUUGUCUCAUCAUGCUCGCUCAAGGCGGGCCCUCUUCUAAAACUACCCUUGGCCUCGUCUCAGACGAGUCCGAGGAACAGAACAUUCCAGAACCAUCACGACCAGUCACCUACAAGUGCGCGGUUUGCGAUAAGCAAUUCUCCUCUUACCAAGCUUUAGGCGGUCACAAGGCUAGUCACCGGAAACCAGCGACCACCAUCGAAGGCUUAUCUGAUACGACGUCCGGCAUGCCUGAUUUUGGCGGGAAAUCGCACGUGUGCUCCAUAUGCAAUAAGUCAUUUCCGAGCGGUCAAGCUUUAGGCGGUCACAAGAGAUGCCACUAUGAAGGUGGCGUAAAUAUUAAUAAUAAUAAAAAAAUAAACUCCGCCGCCGUGAAUUCGAAUGUUUCUGACGGCGUUACCGACACGUCGACGGUGACGCAUAGUAGGAUGGUGGAUUUCGAUUUGAAUUUGCCGGCGUUGCCGGAUAAUUUGACUAUUGAAUUUGACGGAGUCAUCGAUCAUAUUUCAUUCGAUCAAGAAGUUGAAAGUCCUCAUCCGUCCAAGAAACCUCGCCCUUUUUUUGCUCUCUAAUUUAUUUCAGUUUGAGUAGACAGUAAUUUAUUAUCACACAAAUUAUUUAUUUUUUUUCUUUUGAUUUUUGUAAAUAUAAAGUUUGAUUGUAAGUUAUUAUUAUGACUA